GCAGCAGCAGCAGCCAUGGCGCACUCAGCAAGCACGCUGCAGCCUGUCACCCACAUCCUCUUUGACAUGGACGGCCUCCUGCUCGAUACAGAACGCCUUUACACAGUAGUAUUUCAGGAAAUCUGUGACCAAUUUGGGAAAAAGUACACAUGGGAUGUGAAAUCUUUAGUCAUGGGGAAAAAGGCAUUGCCAGCAGCCCAGAUUAUCCGCGAUGUUCUUGACCUUCCUAUUACGGCUGAAGAAUUACUGUUUGAAAGUCAAAUUAAGCAGGAAAAGCUAUUUCCGACUGCAUCUAUAAUGCCAGGGGUUGAAAAGUUAAUCUACCAUCUGAAUAAGCACAACAUCCCGAUAGCUGUUGCCACCAGCUCAGCCAGAGUGACAUUUGAAAUGAAAACAAGUAGGCACAAAGAAUUCUUCAAUUUAUUCCAUCAUAUUGUGCUAGGAGAUGACCCAGAUGUGAAAAAUGGUAAACCUCAGCCUGAUGCUUUUCUUGUAUGUGCAAAGAGGUUUAACCCCCCUCCGAGCGCCAGAAAGUGUCUUGUAUUUGAAGAUGCCCCAAAUGGAGUUGAAGCAGCACUAGCAGCUGGAAUGCAAGUGGUCAUGGUUCCUGAUGAAAACCUGAAUUCAGAUCUAACAAAGAGAGCAACUUUAGUGCUUAAAUCUCUGGAGGAAUUUAAACCAGAAUUAUUUGGUUUGCCACCUUAUGAAUAAAAUGUAAAGCAAUAACAGUUUAAUGAGAGACAUUCUCUUUAAUAAAUAAUUUUACAUUAAAAAGUUAUAGAGUUUAAAAUAAAAAUAA